CGCGCCAGAUGGGUACAAUCGUACAAUACAGGCCGUGUUCGACGUACCCGCGACUCGACAAGAAUAAGAUACCGUUUUUUCCCGUGUCGCAGGUAUCCCGCCAAAUCUAAUCGCCAAUUUUCUUUAUCUCUUUCGUUUUAUCGUUUCCACCACACUCCUCGACCGACGGCAGCGCUCGUGGUCCCGACGCACCGCCGACCUCCACAGGCUCCCACACUGCUUGCGACGGGUCGGGCAUUUAUUUCACGCGCAGCUACCGCAGCAGAUGCCCAUGUCCAGAAUAUCGUCCGUCUCUGCGCUCACUCGUCGCUCUCGCUGAACGUUCGCUUCGGAGACAACAGCAUCGCCGUCCGCCACCUCUAGUGAAACGUGACACACACGCGGUUCGCGUUGCCUACACGGUCACACAUACGAAGAAGCACACCGUCCGCCAUGUCUGCCAUUUCGGAAACCGUCGUACAGGUUAACCGUCCCGACGACUGCUCCGCACCGCAGGCGUCAAAGAACGUCGUAGCCGGUCUCGAAAAGCCGCCGAAAAACGAACCCGCCGCGGUAUUGUCCAAGGUCGACGACGGCGUCGAUGCCGCCGAUAGCCGUGCGUCGCCGCCAUCGGACAGGGACAAGUCCGCUUCGCCUAUAGAACAAAAACACUAUGCAGAUUCCACUACAACGCCGCCGCUGCGAGGAGACAAACCAACGGAAGACGUUCCCCGCUCCGCCGAUAGUGAAAUUGAAGACGAUACUUAUUCUAUCAAAGACGAAGUUGUAGAUUUAGGAAACGAUACAUAUUUUUAUGAUGAUAAAACAUUUCAAUUUAAAGUUAACACGCCAAAGAAGGUUGGUUUUGAUCGUGGACUCGAACCGGAUCAUAUUGUUGGAGCAACCGAACAAAAUGGAAAAUUAAUGUUUUUAAUAGCAUGGAAAAAUUCAGUAGAUGGAGAAGCUGACUUAUUGGAAGCAAAAGAAAUUUAUGAAAAAUGUCCUCAAUUAGCUAUUAAAUUUUUUGAGGAUCGUCUCAUUUAUAUUCCACCUGACACAUCUAACAAAAAAUAAGAUUCAUUUUUAUAUCUAUAAAAAUAUAUUAUUAAUUGAAAUAAACACCAUUAUAAUUAGUACAAAGUACGUUAAUUAACAUUUAAGAA